GUGAGAUCUCAUCAAAAAUAGAGUUUUAAGAAAUAACUACCCAGAUUCUUACGAAACUAGCCAUUAUCUUUGGUAUGAUUGAAAUUAUCAUUAUAGUUUUAGUAGUUACUAGUUAGUAAUAAUGAAAAAACAAUGUGUGUAUAUAGGUAUAAUUUAGUUUCUUGAUGAUGAUUUAGCGUUGUUUACAAAUCAUAUGUAAUGGAAUUAUUUCAAAACAAAGCAUUAACGGAAACAAAUUACCGGUAAAUACGUAAUUGACAAUUUUACCAAAAUUAAGAUUCUGUUUUAAAUGAGAGAGCAAAGAGAAAUCAGAUAACCAUGUACAUUCCAUAACAAUAAAUAAUCAACCAAAGCAAUACAAUAGAAACAACCCAAUUUUAGCCGAUGAUUACUAAUUAGUAACAAGAUUCGAGUUCUUAUUUUUAGAAAUAGAUGUAUUCUAAUAGUUCAUGGAAACAUAUUAACUCUAUAUAAGCAUAUACAGUAGAGCAACACUUCUCAUCGUGUCUUAUUCAUUAGUAACACAAAAUCCUUACUUUUAUAUACACCCUAAACAAAAUAAGAAGAUGACUUGCAUUACUUCUACGUUUAAGGCUUUGUGUUUGUCUUUCUUGUUCGUCACAGCCGUAGCAAGUCGUCCGACCAACAGGCCGAAGGUCUUUAACGUCCAACGUUAUGGUGCCAAAGCUGACGGAAAAACUGAUAACGCCAAGGCGUUCACAAGCAUAUGGAACAGCGCAUGCACAAGGAAAGGUGGUAAUAGUAAAAUCUACGUGCCCAAAGGAACAUUUUAUCUCAGUGGUUUAGAGUUCGUAGGGCCAUGCGUGAAUCAGAUUGAAUUCGUUAACGAUGGAACUUUGUUGGCUCCUGCAAACCCUAGGGACAUUAAGCAGGACAUAUGGAUCAAGUUCAGGUACAUUAACAAUCUUAUUAUCUCCGGUGCCGGUACACUCGACGGCCAAGGGAAAGAGUCUUGGCCACUAAAUGACUGCCACAAAAAUCCCAAUUGUCCUAAGCUAGCUAUGACCAUGGGAUUUGCAUUCGUGAACAACUCAAGAAUCAAUGGGAUAACAUCACUCAACAGCAAAAUGGGACACUUCAACUUCUUUUAUGUCCAUCACUUCAACAUCACCAACGUCACUAUAACAGCUCCUGGCGAUAGCCCCAACACUGACGGGUUAAAGUUCGGGUUCUGUAGCAACAUUAACAUCUCCAACACACACAUUGGUACGGGAGACGACUGCAUCGCCAUCCUUUCUGGAACCACCAACAUGGAUAUCUCUAACGUCACCUGUGGUCCCGGACAUGGGAUCAGUGUCGGAAGCUUAGGGAAGAACAAAGAAGAGAAGGACGUUAAUGGCUUAACCGUAAGAGACAUAGUCUUUAACGGAACUAGCGAUGGUAUUCGGAUCAAAACUUGGGAAUCUUCAGCUUCGAAGAUAUUGGUUUCUAACUUCGUGUACGAGAAUAUUCAAAUGAUUAACGUUGGAAACCCUAUCAACAUCGACCAGAAGUAUUGUCCUCACCCACCCUGUGAAAAGAAGGGAGAGUCACAUGUUCAAAUCCAAGACCUUAAGUUAAAGAACAUAUAUGGAACAUCGACGAACAAAGUGGCGGUGAAUCUACAAUGUAGCAAGAGCUUUCCGUGCAAGAAGAUUGAGCUAAUUGACAUUAACCUAGAGCAUAAGGGAGUCGAGGGUGGUCCUUCCACUGCGGUAUGUGAGAAUGUUGACGGUUCUGCACAUGGCAAGAUGGUUCCUCAGCAUUGUCUGAACUGAUUUGACAACCCAUAGGAUCAAUGACCGUGCGUUGUACUACUUUAUAUUUUCUGUGUUUUUGUAUCAUUUAUAAUCUCUGUGUCUUUGCUUCUUCUUCGUUCUUUUUCUGGUAGUUUAUGAAAGUUUUUGAUUGGUGCAAUAAUAAAGAAGUGAAUACACUUUUGUGUUUUUUUCGUCUUUGGUCUAUUUUUUUCGUUUCAUAGACAAAAAAAAGAGAGUUCAAAUCUUAAGUCUUGAAAGGUUUUCUUUCUCUCUUUCUUGUUGCAAGUAUUAAGACAUAAGUUAAGAUCGUCUCAGAAAUAGUUUUCGUGCAUUACCAGACGUUCUUUUCCGGCAUAUAGUAUCAAAAGAUCUUAUUGUUUAAGAUGUGAGUCUCAGAAUAAUGUGUAUAUCAUCUCCAACUAAUAUAACGAUUACU